UCCGAUUACAUUCAGGUUGACAUUGUGGACAUCUAUGAGUCUAUCCGUGAAAGGCAGCGUCAUGACAGUGAAAGGUCUACCUGCAGCACCUUGGAGCAGAACGACAUUGAAGCCGUUGAAGCACUUGUUUGUAUGAGCUCCUGGGGUCAAAGAUCGCAGAAAGGUGACAUAUUAAAGAUAAGGCCACUCACGCCCUUCUCGGAUUCUGGGGAUUUCACAAUGCACGCCGAGGCUACGUCUGAGUUACCAAAGGACUACCUAUCGACACUGUGCAUGACCCCUCCGCACAGCCCUGACUUUGUUGAGAUAUCAGCGGCUACACUCCUCUCCUCACAAGUCACUUACUCCAAGCCAAGGACUGUCAUGGCAAAUACAACUGCCUGUUCGGUCACAUCAGUGACUGGUGCCUCUCCCAUAGCCAAGCCAUCUGUUCUCAACGUGGAGCAACAGUGCAGUCAGAAGCCAGGGAUCUCUGAAGCUUCUGCCUCUCAACCUUGCAGGGCCAUGGCAACAAGUGUCAUACGUCACACAGGUGAUAGUUCUGCUUACCAUCACAUUCCUGCUGUGCAAGAGAAAACAAAGGUAACUUCAGGCUACGGCACUUCCAGAGACUGGUGUGGAGUGGAUGAACGAAGACAUUCCAGACUACCACAGGACACGUGUGCUGCAGAUGAUUUAAUCAACAAAAGCUCUCCAGUACGUCAGCCUUAUGCACAUGACUCCAGUGAUAUAGUGACCAGUAAAGGGCAACUACCAGUCCAGCCUGUUUCACCACAGACCCACUUACCAAAGAACUGUGAGAAUGACUUGCAAAAAAGAGCUACCCCAGUGACACCUGCCCCUGUUUCAAGCCCCCAAGUUCUCUGUCAAAUGAUCCCUCUAAAUGGACAAAACAGUAUGAUCAAUGCCUAUGUCAAGCCUUCAACUCCAGCACUCUCAACUCCCAUGAAACCUAUUUUACCACAGACAGCACCGCUCUCCCAGCCUGUGCUCAUGGGACCUUCUGUGCCUCAGGGGACUGUCAUGUUGGUUCUUCCCCAGCCUACUGUCACACAGACAGCACAGUGCCCACAGACCGUAAUGACUGUUGGGAACACCAAGUUACUGCCCCUUGCCCCUGCUCCUGUGUUCAUUGCUUCUGGUCAAACCUGCGCCCCCCAGAUGGACUUUUCUAGACGGAGGAAUUAUGUUUGCGACUUCCCCGGCUGCAAGAAAACCUAUUUCAAAAGUUCCCACCUCAAAGCCCACCUUCGCACCCACACUGGAGAAAAACCUUUCAGCUGCAAUUGGGAAGGCUGUGACAAGAAGUUUGCCCGCUCAGAUGAACUGUCACGCCACCGCAGAACUCACACGGGAGAGAAGAAGUUUGCGUGUCCCGUGUGCGAGCGUCGCUUCAUGCGCAGCGAUCACCUGACAAAGCACACCCGCUGCCACAUGACCACGAAGAAGACCCCCAGCUGGCAGACAGAGGUUGGCAAACUCAGCAGAAUUGCCACAGCAGAGAAACCGAAAAGCAGCAGUGCUCUGAGUAUGCUCAUCCCCAUGCCAUCACCCGUCUGUCAGGGCUAGAGUGAGGAAACACCUUCCCUGCAAACCUUGAAGAUCAGGAAGAGCUCCGAUGGCUACAGCAGAACUGGCAAUGGCUUUUGUUUUCCCUGUGUUUGUGCAUACUUUAGGUUCCUGCAGUUUAGGUCCUCAGUUGAUAAUGCUGUAUGAGAAAUCUAUCCUAUAUUUCCUCGUCCCUUCCCUGUUUUUUUUUUUUUUCAACACUUGGGCAAUUGCAAUCACCAGCACUUCAGGAAAGCAGAACUCUUUAGAAAUUAUUUUGGCUAUAGUGUAAUGCUUGCUGUUAAUAUUUUGAUGGACAGUAAAACAGGGUGGUUUUUAAUUUUUAUACUACUAUUUUCUAUACCAAAUAUAUUUUAUAUUUGUUCUUUUUGGUCUUGUUAUGCAGGCAAAUUACUUGGCCUGCAUUAGUAGGGGUGUGCUGGAUGAGACCCAGAGUUUUGGAAACUCCUUUUCAGUAAACCUAAACAAUUGCCUUCAGAGCAUUUUAUAAACAUGUAAAAUUUGAUAACUCAUAUUGGUUGGUGUUUGCACACUUGCAAAUCCUGAUCCUGCAGUGGGCUAGUGCUUUUACACCCUCCUUACGCAGGUGACAUUGGAGAUCAAAGUGAGUCAGUCAUUUUUUAACACAAACCAAACCAGAAUGACUUUCUUUGAGAACACAAGUGUUGAAAUCCUCAACAUUUUCUGAAUUCAUACCCUUUGCAAGUGGAAGCCGUUGUGGCUUUUGGUAGAAGUUUGACAUACCGGGCAUUCUUGAGUCCACAGUUCAUUGGAGCAAAGUUUGGAGGAGCCAGACUACUCUGAUGGAGGUAGAAGCACAAACACCAUUUAGAGACUUUGACACUAAAAAUUAUGCUUUAUUUUUGGUCCUACUAAACCAGCAUAGCAAAAUCAAGUGAAAAAUGCAACAAUGGCAAGAUAGCCCAUGAAGAAUUAUCUGGGUCUCUAUUUUGUUUUGGUUUUUUUUUUUAGAGAACAGGAGAAAUAGAAAAUUAAGGGAUUUUAUGUAUUGUGGAUGCUUGUGCACCUUAUAGGAAAUUGUUCAAGGCUUUCAUUUACCUGUAUCAAUGCACCAGAGGAAGUGCUAAUUGUGUCUUGAGUUAAGAAAUAGCCACCCUGUCAACCUGAUGAUGCUCUUCAUGUGGCCUUAUACUUCUCCACAGUACUUUGUAUAAAAUCACCCUUUUCUAUUAAACGAUACACUCUUCCUGUUGAAUGGAUUUUCUUUUACACGAAGUGUAAUCAUGGUUAAGAAGUGGAACCACUGGAUGCAGGAGUGCUGUGUUGUAAUGGCAUGGUAUGAAUAAUAAAAGGCCUGUAGCACAGUC